UCACGACAUCGUUUCAAAAACCAUGGAUGAUCUUACUGAGACAGCGUACUCACGGACACAGCCUCUAAGAAACUGCGAUAGGCUAUUACCACUAAUUGUCUCAAGACACGUGUCAACUACUUGACAUCUUAGGGGCGUACCUGCUCUUCUUUUUUUCCACUCGCUACACCUUCACCACACUGUAUCAUCUCCUGCACCUUCUCCCUCCACGCCGACUAAAACAAAAGCAGUUGCUGUUGAUGAUGAUGAGAGGGAGCUUCUUGUUUAAUGGCAACCGUCGAACGGUCCAAAGAUUCAGACAAUUUGCGAUGCAGCCGAAGAUAAAGCUUAUACUCUGUUGCUGCAUCGCGUUGACGGUGGUUCUACUACUUUGCCGCGGUUCCUCGUUCAUGGAAUGGACCGAUAGCAGGACCGAGCUCGUGGAUCGGUUCGCUCCGCCACGCAAACGAUAUGCAAUUUUAAUGAACACGUGGAAGAGAUAUGAUCUAUUGAAGAAAUCGAUUUCUCAUUAUGCCUCGUGUCCAGGACUUGACUCAAUACACAUUGUGUGGAGCGAGCCUGAUCCUCCUUCAGAAUCGCUUACAAAAUUUUUAUACAAUGUUGUAGAGAAGAAUUCAACAGGGCAUCGGGUUGAACUGAAAUUUGACAUUAAUAAGGAGGAUAGCUUGAACAACAGAUUUAAAGAGAUUAAGGAUUUGGAGGCUGAUGCUGUUUUUUCAAUUGAUGAUGAUGUUAUAUUUCCUUGCUCGUCGGUGAAGUUUGCUUUUGAUGUUUGGCAAAGUGCACCGGAUACAAUGGUUGGAUUUGUACCUCGUUAUCAUUGGAAAGAUGAUACCGGUAAAUACAUAUAUGGUGGGUGGUGGUCUGUUUGGUGGACGGGCACAUAUAGUAUGGUGCUUUCAAAGGCUGCCUUUUUGCACAAAAAAUAUUUGCGGAUAUACACAAAUGAGAUGCCAGCAUCAAUUAGAGAAUAUAUAACUAAGAACAGGAACUGUGAAGAUAUUGCGAUGUCCUUUCUUGUCGCGAAUAUGACUGGUUCUCCCCCUAUAUGGGUCAAAGGCAAUAUAUACGAGGUUGGUUCGACUGGCAUUAGUAGCCUGGGAGGUCAUACUGAGAAAAGAACUCAUUGUGUAAAUAGAUUUGCAGCCGAGUAUGGCCUAAUGCCACUGGUAUCGACUUCCGUUAAGGCAGUUGAUAGUCGCAAGCUCUGGUUUUGGUGACGCAUUUCCACUUUAUUUGUAAUCCUAAAAUUCCACGUAACAGCUAGAAUCAUUUCAAUUCAUUGUUUAGUUAGAGUUGUGUUUAUUGGAUUCAUUCACGUCCCAUGCACAAUUUUUGUAUUAUUAUCAACAUGUAACAAAGAGGCAAUUAGCCAUUUAAAAGUAGUUGUAAACUUGUGAUUUUGUAAA